AUGGAUAUAGGGAAGAAGUUCGUUAGUGCUUGUAAAAUAGACAGCAGCAAAUCGGAGGCGAUCGUCGCCAUUGAACUACUCAUAAAUCUCAUUAAACGCAGUGAUGUACUCACCGUCCAGGGAUUGGACGACCUUAUUAACGAUGCAGUCAAACAGAUGAGAGCAACAGACAAUAGCAACUCAUCCGUCAAAUCGGCGUGUGAACUCUUCCAAAGGUUUAUUACCUUAGCAGUUUUGGAUACUGGCGGUGAUUUUGAAGGAUGCAAGAGGGUCAUUCUUGAACGUGCCGAUGUUUUUCUGAGAAAAAUUUCGCGGUGCCGCCAGCAGAUCUCUGCAAAUGCCCUCCUUCUUUUCCCGGACAACGCCCGACUCCUGAUCAACUCGUACUCUCGAGUUGUGGUGGAAGCACUUGUCCAUUUUGUUAAGUCUUCCAUGAAUCGUCGACAACUUCACUGCUACGUGACUGAAUGCAUGCCAAGUUCCUCCGGUGUGCGCAUGGUUGGCGAACUAAUGAAAUCAGGCGUCUCUUGCACGCUCGUCCCGGACACUGCUGUCGCCUAUUUAAUGCCACAGAUUGAUGCCGUCGUUGUAGGGGCCGAAGCUGUCGUCGAGAGCGGUGGCUGUCUGAAUGCGCUAGGCUCGUGCACUAUGUGUAUGAUCGCACACAGUCUUGGGAAGCCGGUGUAUGUUAUGGUUGAGUCCUUUAAGUUUUUGCGAGUUUAUCCACUUGACCAGAGGCAUAUCGCCGACGAAUUGAAGUGGAGUGCUUCAAGACUCAAGGAAAUACGUUCAAAAACUAUACCCGACGACGCGAAGCCCAGUGAAAAUGAAGAUUAUGUCUUCGAGGAAAUGGAUGACGUAUGGCUCAAGGUCGAGAAGCAGAAAGUGUCUGUAAUAGACAAGGACAUACCCUUAAUUGAUUACACAAAUCCACUUUAUAUUACUGCACUUGUAACAGACUUAGGAAUCCUCACACCGUCCGCUGUUAGUGAUGAAUUGAUUAAACUGUACCUUUGA